GAGCAGGCAUGGACACAAAUUCACAUGCUGAACUUAACGCUGUAUCACAUGCCGUUAGUUAAGUCAAUUAGAAAAUGUCUUCAAAGAAAAAUAAAAGCAAGUCUAAACGAGGAAAUGAAGGCGACAACUCGAGCGGUCUAAAGGAUGGCUCGGGUGAUUCAACAAACUUACAGAACUCCACCGUUGGAGCAAACAGCAACACCGGCAACAACUCAUUUGCUGUCAUCGACUUCAUUGAGAAAGAAGAGGAUAAAGUCCCAAAGAGAUGCAGAGCAUUUCUCGUCCAGUUGAGCCUUAAUGCAAUGAAGACUGCUAACAUUUGCAUCGGAAGACCGGUGCUGUUGUCAAGCAGUACAGGCCAACAAGAGGUGUGCCUGGCCUGGCCUACUGCUGGUCUCCCAGGAGGGAGAGCAGGCCUGCAGAAGAGCAUCCAGAGCAGCCUGGGGGUCCAGGCUGGGGGCGUGGUCUCUCUCCAGCCUAUCACAGGCCCCGUGCUGCAGGCGCAUGAGCUGCUUCUGUCUAUCAGACAAAAAGACGAAGCUCUAGAAAAAGAAGAGUUCAGCAACUUCUUUGUCCACUCUUUGGAUGGAAGGAUUCUUCUCCCUGGAAACUCCCUCUCUCUGACUUACUUUGGGCGAGCUUGCAGCCUGUGUGUGGAGGUUGUGAAGGGCGUGGAUGGAGGCACCUUGGCCCUACCCUCCAGACAUGGCAUUGGGGAGGCCUCUGGGACGAGCUCUGCCCUGGGCCCCAUUCAGGACCCUAGGGAGGCCUCUGGGACGAGCUCUGUCCUGGGCCCCAUUCAGGACCCUGGGGAGGCCUUUGGGACGAGCUCUGCCCUGGGCCCCAUACAGGACUCUAGGGAGGCCUCUGGGACGAGCUCUGCCCUGGGCCCCAUACAGGACUCUGGGGAGGCCUCUGGGACGAGCUCUGUCCUGGGCCCCAGCUUGGUGGACCUGUCUCUGCAGCUCAGCCUGCUGACUGUGGAGGAUGGAGGACCAGGCUCUGCUGGAGACAGUGGCCCUGCAGCCAGCACCCCCUGCCGGCCCCAGCGUUCCUCCUCCCCCUCCUCUCCCUCCUCCUCAUCUCCCUUUACUCCUGCCUACAACCCCCAGAAUCCCCUCACUCCCGCCUCCAACUUCCAGAAUCCCCACACUCUCUCCUCCAACCCCCAGACUCCCCUUACUCCUGCCUACAACUCCCAGAAUCCCCACACUCUCUCCUCCAACCCCCAGACUCCCCUCACUCCUGCCUUCAACCUCCAGACUCCCCUCACUCCCGCCUCCAAUUCCCAGAAUCCCACUGACCUCGUAAAGAGCAGCGCCAGUUUGGAGAGCACCAGUAUUCUUUGUCCUGAGGAGACCGACCCCUUCAAGUCGCGCACAGCACCAUCUGGUGGCGCUCUGUGUACUGACACCUUCUACUGCAUCUCAGCCUCCACCAAGAUCCGGCUCAGAGACAGACAGGCAGGCUCUCAGUGGGGGCGGGAUGAAACACAGGCCGAAAGGUCAAAAGUCACGUUCAGUAUGAUUGGCGGUCUCAGCAGCCAGUUGGAUGUGAUCAGGGAGACCAUUGAGCUGCCACUAAAACACCCUGAACUAUUCUCCAACUACGGGAUCCCACCACCCAGGGGAGUGCUCUUAUACGGUCCUCCGGGAACAGGGAAGACUAUGAUUGGACGAGCCAUAGCCAAUGAGGUUGGGGCUUACAUGACGGUGAUCAAUGGUGCAGAGAUCAUGAGCAAAUUCUACGGUGAGACUGAAGCAAGGCUUAGACAGAUAUUCAUUGAUGCUGCUCAGAGGCAGCCUGCGAUCAUCUUCAUCGACGAGCUAGAUGCUCUGUGUCCCAAACGCGAGGGGGCGCAGAACGAGGUGGAGAAGCGUGUCGUAGCUUCUCUGCUGACCCUCAUGGACGGGAUCGGCUCAGAGGGCCAUUCGGGGCAGCUGCUGGUCCUAGGGGCCACAAACCGCCCCCACGCCCUGGACCCCGCCCUACGACGUCCGGGACGCUUCGACAAAGAGCUGGAGGUGGGCGUCCCGGGGGCGGUGGAACGAGCAGACAUCUUGCAGAAGCUGAUGAGCGCUGUGCCUAGCAGCGUGAGCCCAGAGGAACUCGCCCAGCUAGCUGAUGCUGCGCAUGGAUACGUCGGAGCUGACCUGGCAGCUGUGUGCAAGGAGGCAGGACUGCGUGCGCUGAGGCGAGCACUGGGCGGUGGCGUCCAGCCGUCAGACGUGGACCUGAGGGGAACUGUGAUGGUGACCCUCCACGACCUUCAGCUGGCCAUGUCAGAGGUCAAACCCAGCGCCAUGAGGGAGGUCGCCAUUGACAUCCCCAAGGUGUGCUGGUCAGACGUGGGGGGGAUGGCGGAGGUGAAGUUGCAGCUCCUGCAGGCUGUGCUGUGGCCCCUGAGACACCCUGAAGCCUUCUGCCGGAUGGGCAUCCUGCCGCCCAGGGGCCUCCUGCUCUACGGGCCCCCUGGAUGCUCCAAGACUAUGAUCGCCAAGGCCCUGGCCAACGAGAGCGGACUCAACUUCCUGGCUAUCAAGGGUCCAGAGCUACUGAGCAAGUAUGUGGGAGAGUCGGAGCGGGCGGUCAGAGAAGUGUUCAGAAAGGCCAGAGCUGUGUCUCCCUCCAUCGUGUUCUUUGAUGAGAUCGAUGCCCUGGCAGGAGAGAGAGGAGGGUGAGAGUCCAUCUGGACGAGCUAGCACAGGCGCUAGCAGCACACACACACACACACACACCUCCCUCGCCACUGUACUAGUCUCUGUGUUGGUACCAGGGUUGUGAACCAGACCUGCACAGCUCUGGACUUCAUAACUACAUGAAGGAGAGCUUCAGUACUGACACCACAUCUCCCCGCCACACGCCUUCUGGAAGAAUGCACUUAGCUACCAUCUAUAAAGGUUAUUUACUGGUCUGUACUUCCUCUGCGUUUAAUCAAUGAAGUGGCUUGUGCACA